AUGCAAAGAUUGGCAGGGAAGCGGCAAAGGCAACAUGAAGCAAGCGACCUUGUCCCCAAAAGUGCUGAACCCGCCAGAAGUAAAAAUUCCAGGAACACUGCUUCUGAACCGGGCUCGGGUUCCCUCCGGCACAACUCCAUAGGAGGGGGAGAUAUGAUGUGGAAACGGAAAACAAAGGAACUUCGGGAGCAGAUUGUUCAAUUAGCCGCACUGUAUGCAACGAAGGAACGUGAGACCGAAGAAGUCCAAGACGCCAUAGAGGAAAUGGUUGUCUCACACGAGGCGGAGUUAGCGGGUGUUGUAGCGGGUGACGAAUCCCAUAGGCGGCGGCACGUCGAUGCACUCGUUCACUUGCGGGCCCGUGAGGACGGCUGCCAUUCUGAAAGGCAGCGUGCCUUGGACGAAACGGUGGUAUUGCAGCAGCAGCGUACAGAACUGGAGCGAGCGCAUGACCGCCUUCGGGAAGAUAUCGUUAUUCAAUCUGAUGCGUUAGAGCAGCUUCAAAGGGAAAUUGAAGAACAAUCAGAAGAACUGUUAGAGGAACAGAGAAAACUAGAUGCGAUAGUGGAGCACCACAACCUCAUGAGGGAUGCUACCUACGGGUUUUCCGGGGAGGUCCAGGAAAUAAUGAGGGAACUGGAGCGCAUCAAGGUUGACAAGGAAAGGGUUGAAAGAGCCGGAAAGCAGACGGAAAUAUUACGGCGUCAGCUGUAUUCACAAUGUGAAGAGAUGAAGGGAACGAUCCGCGUGUACUGCCGCGUUAAGGGUGGCUUGAACUCGGAGUCGGUUGCAGCGGGUCCGGUUCCUGAUGUGCGUAGUGGGAGCAGCAACCCUUGCGGUGAUCCUGAUUUAUGCCUCUCUGAGACCCCUCGCGAAGACUCUGUUUCCUCGCGGAGCACGAUGCAAACAACCGUGAGCGCCAACCCAGCAUGUAUUUAUGCUUCAAAGGAAAUAGGGCAGAUCAGAAGGGAUGCUCCGGUGGGACGAUUUAUUUUCCCGGACGGUGAUGCGACUGAGAAACGGUCGAUUUGUGUGUUGCUUUCACGUAACAACGCCACCUCAACGGGAAGGCAAGAGUCGAAGGAAACAUUUACUUUCGACCGUGUCUUCGACGGCACCGCUAGCCAAGAGGCUGUUUACGCUGAUGUCGAGCCCCUCGUAAACUGCGCCGUUGAUGGCUACCGGGUUUGCGUUUUCGCUUACGGCCAGACGGGCUCCGGCAAAACCUAUUCCAUGCAGGGUGACCAACACGACGGGCAGCGCUGCGGCAUAACACCCAGGGCACUACGGACAGUGUUCAAGCGGCGGGAAGAGUUAGAGGCUGAUGGGUGGAAGUACCAACUUAGCUGCUAUUUUGUGGAAAUAUACAACGAGGUUAUCAGAGAUUUGCUGCAAGAAGCUUCCCUGUACGAGCCCGGUGGGGCCGCGGCUUCCCAGCCAAAUUAUCACAUCAUCAAGCAAAGUAACGAAACUGGUUCAACAAGCAUAAGCGGUGUUACAGAGAAGCGUAUCAACUCAUUUGAGGACUUUCGGCGUUUGUAUGACAUCGCGAUGAAGAACCGUAGCACGGCGAAGACGAUGAUAAACGACAGAUCGUCCCGUUCCCACUGUAUUUUCGUGCUGCGUAUUAUGGGCGAACACGCUGGUAUACGUCAACGCAGUGAGGGGUCACUUUGCAUGGUGGAUUUGGCCGGGAGCGAGCGAGUACAUGAGUCUGGUGUGCAAGGGAAACAGUUCAAGGAAGCAGUGAACAUCAACCGCAGUUUGCUCGACCUCGGAAAGUGCAUCAGUGCUCUUAACAAAUCUGGAAGUGUGGCUCCAUGGCGUAACUGCAAGUUGACAUAUUUACUGCAAAACUACCUGGGCGCAAAGGGUGGGAAGAUGCUAAUGCUCGUCACUGUGUCCGAUCAGGAGGAGCACUUGACAGAAAGUAUCAAUUCCCUUCGCUUCGCCAAACGCGUUAAUCAGACGGCCAUUGGCCCCUCAACGAAGCGUGUCGGUAACUUCUAA